AUGCCCGACGACCACCACCCAGAACAGAGCAGCCCCGCGCGCACCAAACGUUGGAGUCCUCCCUUCCCCGUUACUCUCUUUUCCGCCGCGAGGCGAACCCCUCUCUUCUCGCCGGCGUUAAUUGCAGCCGCCGCCGCGAGGCACCCCAUCCCUAGCACCGCCGUGAUCUGCGACCAUCCACCGCCGCGAGAAGCCCCUAUUCGUCGAGCCCAGCCAGCCGCCGACGAGAAAUUCUGUCCCACAGUCUCUGCGAGCAGACCCGUCGCGAACUCCUCUCAUCGCUGGCGCCUCAGCGGUCGUCUCGAGAACCUCCGUCACCUAGCUGCCAUCGCACGUCGAGAGCAGAAGCCCUCUGCCUCUGAGGAGUUUUGGCCAUCCCAGCAAGCACACGAAACAGAGAUCCGUCCGGGAGGAGCAGCUCACAUCGCGGUGAACAAACUCGAUCAGCCAUUGCCGCACCUCAACUGUGAGCAACAGUUGUUCGACCGCCGUCGUUUGAGCCACCCGAGACGGAAACCGCGAGCCGAGGCGAGUCCGCACUGGGCGGAGAAGAGCCGUCUGAGGCCUACCGUGCACGCACCGGACAGCAGCGGCAGAGACGAGCCGACCACGUUCAGCCCGAGCCUUUGUGUGGGUCGGGCAGCCGUCACGGGUUGUCGGGCUGCAGCAAACCGGGAGCCAAGAACCGAAUUUUCUCUAUUUUUAUUUCCGGAGUUAUUGUGA